CUAACAUCCUUUUCCUGUGCCUGAGGGAGAAGGCAGCUGAUAAAAGCCGAGUUCCUGUUCGCAGAUAAGUUUAGAAGGCAGCCAAUUUCAGAAGUUCCUUGAAUAAGUUAUAUUCCUACCACCUUUUUUCCCCCCCCUCCUCUGUUAGAGGCAUUCCACACAGGAACCGGGCUCACAUUGUUUGAUGGCCACGGACGUUUCCACAGUGGCUGGGAGGGUCGAAAGCGUUUUCCGCUCUUUGUUACAAAUAGUUUUGGUUUUUUUUUUCUCCUUCCUUCUUCCAACUUUUCAUUUAAAGAAUAUUGCCGGGGCGUUCCAGCCCUAAUCCAAGCUGCACUUCGGAGAGGAGAACAAGAGACAGGUGUAACCGGGUGGGAAAAAAGCCCACAAUGCUAGUGAAGGUUUUGCUCAUCUGUAACACAAUAGGGCUGGUUAAGCUGACCAGGCACAUCGACCAUCAUGGCUACCACAAUGUUCCGAUGCACGGCUCAAAGGGACAGAGCCACGAGACCCCCACAGACACAGAGAGGGCUCUGCUGGAGGGAGAGGGCUCCUGGGAGGCAGCAGGGCACCGGGCAGAUGUGCCAGACUACCUUGUGAGUAUCACCUACCCACACCAGGGAGAAAGAGAGCAGCUGGAAGCUGCCGGCCCGCCGUCCCAAAAUGGGAACUGGUGUUCUUACACACAGUCUCGCCUGGUGACGUACAUUGAAGCCUGCAUGAAGGAGAAGUACAUUGUCAACUCCCAGCAGCCCUGCCCAAAUGGAGCUCCAGGUUGCCAGAAGAUCAUGUACAGGACAGCCGUGAAGCCCAUCUAUCAAGUGAAACAGAAGGUUUUGAAGUCUUUGCAAUGGAAGUGCUGCCCUGGAUUUAUUGGGAACGAUUGUGAACAACGUGAUCCCAAUGUCAUCCCAGUGCCAGGAAAUCAGACCGAAGGAUGGCAAGAAGAAGAGUUCUCAAACCACAUGUCAGCACCAGUGGAUUCAAGAGAGCUGUUGGAAGUCAUUCAAAAUCAGGAGGCACUACUGGAUGAUCUUCAGAGUGAUAUUCAUCAAGCAGUCAGCAACCUAGGUGAUCUACAGAGGAUAUUUGACAACAACGGUACAAGCAUGGUGUUAGAAGUGAACCAGAGCAGUGAAGAUUUUCAGGAAAGGCUUCUGCAGCAAGUUUUGUUUCCCCACAUCGAGAGUUUUCUGAGGAAACACCUGAACCCGAUGUGGGCAAGCUUCAACAGAAGCUUACAGAACCUCUCCAACAUAGUAAGAAACCUAUCCCACGAUGUGGAAGCCAACAAGAAAAGCAUAGAGAGAUUCCAAGAGAGCACUGUGCCUAAAAAAGAAUUCCAGGAGCUGGGAACUAAGUUUGAAUCUAAAGUCCAGGAAAACGUGGUGAAAGUCGAUCAAAUAAGGAGAGAGAUAGAGAAUCAAUUGCAAAUGCAGCAGGCUAGUCUUCAGCAUAACCUCACCAUCAUCAGGGCCGAUACUGACACAAGGCUGAAGAAGCACCACAAGAUACAGCAGUCCCAUCACUUAGCUUUGAACAACAACAUGACAAGUAUGAAACGCGAGCAAAACAAUCUUGAAAAUAAAUUUGAGGCUUUGAAAAACAAUUUAACAGAACUCUCCUCACAUCACGGUCCCAAGGAUGAAAGCACACUGUUUGCCAUCAGACAAAUUAAUGACAUGCUGGCAGGGCACGCCAAACAGCUUAAAGAGCUCUACAUGGAGUCAGAUGUGGCCUUUCAGAACAUUGCGGUGCUAGAGAAAUGGUUUAAGGAGUUGAAAAAAAAUAUCUCAAAGAAUAGGCCUGAAGAUCUUUCAAUAACUUUAACGGAGAAAUCAGUUCUUAUUGAAGAAAACAAAGCAGCAAUGUCACAGAUGAACGAUACUCUCUCAGCCCUUCAGGAAAACUAUUCAGAGCUGUUGAGAUAUAUGGAGGAAUGCAAUUGCCAGAAGAUACCUUCUGACCCCGAUAUACUCGAGGAAGAUUUAAGGAACAACACUUACUCCCUCGAAGGCCAACAACCAAAGGAUAUGAAGCAGUUAGAAUCUGUUUUCAAGGAUCUCUUGAGGAAUGAAAUCGAAGAGCUCUCCUCAGCCUUUCCACUUAUUCAUCAGUCCCUUAACCUCCGCCAAGAAGAAAACAGACAGCUUCAGUUGCAAGUUGCAUCUUUUUCAGAAGACGUGGGCCUCUUGAAGAAGAAAGAUGAAGAAAUUCACAGACACAUCAAGUACCUCAACAGUUCUUUCGGCUCGCUUUUAGAAGAUGCCAUGCGGCACGAAGCUGCACUGGAGGCUUUGUUGGGAGAAGAGUUUAUGGAAGUCCUGUUUGAGGAAGAUCCUGCUACCCUAAUAACAUCAGUAGCUCAGCUGCAAGAAUUCCUGAAAGAGAUCUCAAAUAAACUCCAAAACCAAAACACGACUUUAGAAUCUCUCCUAAAGAGAUUCCAUCGCUUGGAGAGAGGACAGCAGAAUAAUCACAAUGUUCAUGCAUCUUCAAAGCAUCCCAAACAGGAAACUCAGACACUCUCUGUACUGGAUGAAGGCAAUCAGCUCAGCAGUGUAGAACAUAUGGAACCUAAUUAUGAGGCUUCCAAAGAUGACUCCUCGCAUAGCUCAGCGUAUAAUGACAUAUUGACUCUGAAGAAUGACAUCAAGUAUCUGAGUCUGGCAAUCAAGAGGCAUGAAUCCAGAAGUGAUGUGAGUAUCUGCUGCAAUCACACAAUUGCUAAUGUAGUAGAGCCACUCAACACUUCUGUGGAAAUUAUCUCGGGAGAUUUAGCAACAAUGAAAGAGAAGCUGGAAAAACAUCUGCUGGUUUUCAAAAAGCUAUUUGGAAGAGAUGAAGAAUUACUUGCCUCAAAUGUAAGUCUGGAUAUUGCAAAGAUUCAGUCAAUGCUUACCAGAAAAGUGAGAAGGCAAGAGAAAGGUCAAGACAAGCAAAGAGACAAGAAAAAGCCUGAGAAGCAAAGAGAAAAUACACCGAUAGUAAGUGGAAGAAAUAGAGUGCAGACCGAACUGCUGGAAAAAGACUCACCAGUAGCAUUCCACGUAGGAUUCUCAGACAGACAGGAUAAAGAAAAGGCUCUGAGAUUAAAUGAAACAUACCUCAAUUAUGGAAACAGCUAUUUCCCUGAACACGGCUACUUUAAAGCACCGCACAAAGGCGUCUACCUGUUCAUCAUCUCUGUGGAGUUCAGCUCAGGACCAGCGCUAGGACAACUCUCUUUUAGCCGCGGGUACAAAAGAACUCUCUCAAGCGGUCAGAGGAAGACACCAAAUGGAAACACCGUAACUUCUUUUGCUAUGGCAGAAAUGGAGAAGGGAGAGAAAGUGUGCUUUGAAUUGCUGCAGGGCACUGUAGUGAAACGGAGCCCACCUGGGACAACAAUGGGUGGAUUCCUACUAUUUAAAACUUGAACAGUGACACUGUGUUUUACUGAUACUUUUUCCAUAGAUGCAAUGGAUCAAUUCACUAUUGCUUCAUCUGUGAUGUAUUCAAUCCUACUGCAUGUGUUUAAACAUAGCACUACUCUAGGUUUGUCUUCAUGCUUCUUUUCUGGAAGUGUUUGGCUUUUGAUUAGUUGCUAAUGAGCAGCAAUGGGAUUUUAAAGUGAUGACCUAAUGGUUUGGAUUCCAAACAUAUCAAUACACAUUCUCAAAUCCUCAAACCUCAUUAGAACAGAUGCUUUGUGGGGCUUUCUUCACUUACAACUCAUUUCUCUUUUCUCCUUUCUCAUGAGACCCCAUCCAGAGUGCUGCGUUCAGGAAGGAGGCCUAUGGGAAAUCCACAGAGGGACUCUUUAUGAAGGGGGAAAGUGACAGAAUAAGGUAUAACAGCUUUAAACUAAAAGAAGGUAGAUUCAGAUUAAACAACAGGAAGAGAUGCCCCAUCGCUGGCAGGUCAGGCUGGAUGGGGCUUUGGGCAAUCUGGUCUAGUAGCUGGCAACCCCGUCCACAGUAGGGGGGUUGGAACUAGAUGAUCUUUAAACUUUCCAACUCAAACCUUUCUGGGAAUCUAUGAAAAAAUAAUCCUUCCUGUGACAGAUAUCCCCAUCACCAUCAAGGAAAAGCAUUUAAGGCUAUAGACAUUAGCAGAGACAUUUUUUGAAGUGGUUGCUCAAAACCUAUAAGCCAGAACAACUUUAUUUGUCCCCGUUCCCUGUGGACCAGGCAGACCUUCUUGAAAACAUCUACAAUUCACUCUAACUCAACAUUUCAGUCUGUAUGUAACACAAACACUAGGAAAAAAAGACAAUAAAUCAACCAAAUCUAAGAUUCACCCUGAACAGCCGUGUGUGAGCAAGGAUCUUAGAAGCGGCCCAGCCUUCCUCCUUCUUGACCUGGUACAUUUCAACUAAAGUGCAAAACUUAAUAGUAACAUAACAGUGUUAGAAAGCAUUAGAUAUCCAUUCCUUACGUCUAAUUAGGAAUACAUCAAUGCAUCAACAAUAACAAAAAAUACUGUUGAAAAUAGAGUUCAUUUCUGAGGAUAUCCCUGAAGCAUGUUGUGAAUACAGUCCAGACGCAGCCCACCAUUUAGGAGUAUAUAAUCAAGUGAGCAAGCAAACUAAAUUAAUAUCAAGCAAACAAACUCUGUGGGUCUACCGCCCUUCUUGAAUAUAAAUUUAUAAUUAGGACAAAGCAAAAAGCAGGAUUUCUGAACAGUGGAGUUCCCCAAUGCUUUUGAUGAAAGAGAUGAAGUCCUAACAUGCAUUUUAUACCCUUUAAGAUAGCACUUUCUGAUAGAAAGUAAAGGGUAAAUCCAACAUCUCCAGAAAGAGAAAAUGCCAUUUCUGGCCAAAUGAGCAAUUGAUGUCCUCCUGCCUACUCCUGGCCAGCGGUCCCACUCACAUGACACUAAGUGGACAAGUCUCCCCAUCUGCUCAGCAUGGAGUCACUUCUUGCACUGGGUGCCCUGGAGCUCAGUCACCUUCUGCCCCAGAUUGCCAAAAUAGCUGAGGAAGGAAGCGAAGAAAAAUGAGAAGACGUGAAAUGUCAAAAAGGAAGAAAAGCAUCGACUUGGAAGAUUGGGUUCUGUUAGUAAAAUCCAUCACAUGGAGACAACCCAGAUGUUUAUUUUUUACCAGUGGUCCAAGUAUGAUUGCACUGGCAGCUUUCUGCAGUGCUGUCAGGAGAGAGUAAGGACCCGCUUGUUUUCAGCGCACACCAAGUCAGCAGGGACCAACCAAGUACUGAAGUUAAAUACUUCAAGAGAAUAUAUAUAUGUUUUCAAAUUCACGUUUGCUCUUAAGGCUUUGACAGAAAACAUCAAUUGGCACAACAACUACACAGCUACUUAGAAAUAGACAAGGUAGGCAGUAGCUCGGCAGGGAACAGAGAAAGGCCUGUAUGUGUGAUCUUUGAUCCUAGCAGUUCUCCCAAGUGUGAUAUAUUCAAGUUUGGCAUUGCCAUGCUUAACAGAGUUAUUUUUGUUGAAGAAUAAACCAGACAAGUUCAGAGACCGACUCUAGAGUGAACAUAGCGUUAAUACAAAGAUAUUCCCACAUUUAUACUCUUUAAGCAUGUGCUUACGUUAACCACCUGCAGACACAAAAAAGGGACAACUGACUGGAAAACGCUCACUUUUACAUUCUGAAGUAAAAACUUUAAGAAGGAUAAUGGAUUCAAGCAUUCAAUGGGCAGAAUAAGCCAGGAAAUUUGGCUUCCUCCCUAACCAAUGACGUUUUUCGUUUGCUGGUUUUCAAAUACACACCUAUUGGGAACCAUCACCAACAUGACUCUCAUACUUAAAAAUACUUCCCAGCUCCCCUUUGUAUUUCCUCCAAACCCUGCAACUGCCAGAAAAUUUUGCCUGUAGUUCCAAUCUCCAAAUCAAACCCCAAAGCUAUAAGAAUAUUCAACCAAGAAACCCGUGCCCUGUAUCUUUCAACAUCUUAGCAAAACUGUUUUCUUACUGAAGCUUGACCUGCUUUAUGAGCAUACCUUAUAAUGCUUUGCAAUUUGAAAUUAAAGUUCCUUAAUUUUCUUUUCCCA